UGUCCGUACGCUGAGGACCCUCGCUGUUCUCCGGUCGAUAACCGAAGCGCAUUUUAAGGUGCUGGAAGGGAUGCCGCGGUAUCAGUCGCUACUAGCGGGUGCAAAUCAAGUCAGCUAUCGUAAUACUGUUGUCGUCCGCGGCCAUGGCAACGUUUGGUGGCUGGGAUACGUUCAGGAUAUUGACGGCGAGUACGCCUUUAUUCACUUUAACUCUACACUAACGGAAGCUCGCUGGAUGCACUUAAGAGACGUCUGGCCUCUGCCAUCGUACUGGGACACCGAGCUUUGUAUGAGGGAAGGCUACCAAAAUGUCGAAAUUUUUGCGGCUUUGCGUGAUGGAGAUAACGGUCCGUUCCGAUUUCGGCCAGCCGUUAUAAUGCACAGACUUUCGGGUUGUAGCUCGAGUUGUUGGAUGUUUUAUAUCAAGACCAAAAGUCUCAGCAGCGACUCCGGUGCCCAACGAACUUGUCUUGAGCUGGUACACGCAGGCCAAGUGGCAAGUGCUUUGCCACCCAGCGGUCCGUCCUUGCUAGAUCGCCGCAAAGGAUUGCUCUAUACCAAAUACUUCAUACCAUUUGACCAUGCCAAGGCCGUUCUCACUGAGCCUUCAGAUAAAUUUCGCAUCAUAAAACAUCUUCAGGACGCUUUUCGAGCCAGAAUGCAUUUACUAAGUGGUGAGUAUUUGACCGACGGCUGCCGAUUUCAUCUGCGCAUCGAAUCGGGGGGUUGCGUAUUUGUUAUCAUUAUUCUCGCAACGGACGCGGAACCGACACCUUGGAUAACUGAGAUCUUGCCGAAAAUCCUGAAAACACAUAUCUCCAGUCGCGCCAGUCUACUGCCUAUCCGUAAUCGAGAAUUACGCGCAAAUGAAUAUGGCCUUUGUGAAACUGAUGUCGAAGUUGGUUCACUGAUGUUGAAUGCCUGUAUCUCACAUUUGACGCCUUCGCUACUGAGCGACAUCUUGUCGCAUUUGGACUUACAUUCGCAAAUGAAAGUCAAACGGGUGUGUGCCUUAUGGCAGUUGCUGCUGAGCAGCUAUCGAGUGAUAGAGCACGUCAGCAUCUCUUUCGGAAGCUGUUGGCAGCUCAAGGCGGACAGCGAUAACUGUUUUAAAGUGGCUACUCUACUGAACAGCUCAAUCAGCUCAGCGACCAUAAGUCUCACCCUGUUGAAUGUAUUCCCGCCACAGCACGGUUUUUUCUUGGGUUCGAUGUUAGAUGCCUUGGAAAUUAAGUUGCCGUUUCUCGUGUUCAAAGACUACACUAACGUUAUACCACUAAGAGUCUUCCAACAAAAACAGUCACGUUUAAAGCAUGGCACAGCGGUCCAUUUAACAGCCUAUAAACACUACUGCAAAUUCGUCUUGCUGCAAAACUGGAAAGUUACCGCCCUCUUCGGACAGCAAAUGUACGACGUUUUUGAGGAGGACCCAAUCUGCUACGAGCCACAUCCCGGGACCACCUCUUGCCCACUGCCAGCGCACGAGCGGGAGUUUAUGUUGCAUCUCGCAUACCAGCCACACGAUCUGGCCAUUGACAAACUGCAAAUCACCAUUCCGAAGGUCAUUCUGCCCUGCAGAGACGGAAAAAUGCACAUGACCAGUCGCUUCAUGUGCGCCUUGAACGAUAACUUCCCGCCGAUCACGCAGGACAUGCUGGUGAAGGUCACAGCUGUCCGUGCGCGGUGGCUGCGCACUCUUACCUACCCCCAGGACUGGCAGAGCAUUCGCAACUACCUCGUAAUAUUCAGCGGGUUUCACUCGGAUGGAAGGCCAAAAGCAUGGGACGAUAUCGACCUCCGAUGUGUGGAUCUUUCCACAUGGAGCAAAUUGGCUAUAUACGGGAUCAGCGAAGUGUUCCGUAUGUGAAUCUCUGCAGAGCAUCAUCGUUGAUUUCUAAUCGAAGAAUCGGCUAUCCUGUUCAUCACCAGGAUAGCGGUAAUAUCUAUUGAUCCAGGAUCACGGGGGAAUGGAGGUAUAUAAAGAAUCACAUGCACAUAUCGCUACAAACGGCAUUUCUUGGAUCUGAUUAAAUACUGUCAAAGGAAUUAUCUGCGAUCCAUGUGUUCCUUUUUCUUUUCGCGUUGCGAGAUGCUUAAAAGUUAUUGAAAUGCCUUGUUUUGGGCUUGUUAACAGCUCAGCGCUUUUCUCUUGUGUAGUGUUCUUCAUUUUCUAUCUGGUUGCUUGCUUAUCUUUCUGUUUUGGAAUAAGUUUGUAUUUCGAAACUCGUAUGGAACAAAAUAUGAAAUCUCUCA